AUGAGAAAAAAAUCUUUUUAAGAUAAUGGAAUUUAUUUAGAAAAACAUGCAAAAGCAUUACUAGAUUAUUAAUAAACAUCAGAUUAAGAAGAUAUUAAUACUUAAUCUAAAUAUCGAAUCAAAGCUAUCAAAUAUAAAAAUAAUCUUUUAGAAUCAUAAGAAGUAAUUAAAGCAUUAAAAAUGGAAAAUUAAGAAAGUGCAAUUGAUUAGAAAUUAAUUAUUUAGAAUAAAUUAUUAGCGAAUUACUCUUAGAUAUUGAAGAAAUGA